AAUUUAACGAUAUUUGGAAGAGUGAAGAGGAGAGGAUUUUUGGAUACGUAACUUUUUUAUUUCACCAUAGUGUCUAUUUUGGUGUAUCUAAAAUAGCUUUAUUUUCCCUCUUUAUGACAUUGACUUGAAGCUAUAGAUAACCCAUCAACAGACAAUAAGUCUUCGGAGGCUGACACUUGGUAUUUUGCCACCCACCACAUCUCCAUUCCCUUUCCCCUCAUUACUUGCACUCACCCUGUAAACUCUGAAGACAAGACAUGGUGUGUCUGAAGAAAUAUUUCACAGAAGGCUUGAUCCAGGUAGCCAUCCUGCUCAGCCUGGUUGGGGUCAGAGUAGAUGUGGGCCCUUCCCUGCCCCCCUGGCACGAGAUGAUCCUGGGCCCCACCUCGGCCCUCACCCAGACACAGUUCCACAACCUCCCCAACCAGCUGGACGGCCAGGACCUCCACCCCAAGAGUGUGGACUUGGACGGCUUCUUCACAGCCCGGAGGCUCCUGGGCUGGGUCCGCUCCCUAGACCGCCUCUGGGUGCCCAGCUCGGAGCUAGAAACCUGGUUGGUGCGGCACGAGCCUGAUGCCCUGGUGGUGGGGGCUCCUAGUCAGCCAGCCCCCCUGGAGGGAGGGGCAGGUGGGUUGGAGGAUCAUGCGGGUGACCAGGUGGGGUCGGUCAUGAGGUCAAGCGUGGGGGCGGGGUCGCCGGAGUCGGGUUACGGGCCGAUCAGAGAGGACAGUCUGGACACCAUGGCACCCCUUCUAAGAAGAAGCGAUGAGGAGGAGGAGGAGGAUAAGGAUGAGGAUCUCUAUGAAGAGGAUACAGAUACGCUUUGGCAGGAUCACUCUUAUCAUGGACGCCAUCAGAGGUCUGAGGAGGGAGAGGAGGAGGAGCUGGUGGGGGACACCUGGAGAGAAAUCUGGAGGGAUGGUGGACGCUCUUACGACCGUGCGAAUAGAGAACUUGCACAGGAUUUAUCUGAUCAGUUUGCUAGCUUGGAAGCUCAGUCCUCAAUGUCCUUCCAGGAAUGUCUACGGCUCUUGGAAGACACCUUCCCUUUUGGAGAGGAGAUAGAGCUGUCAGACCCAGUUGGCAUAGAUCUGAGGGAAACCAGCGGCGAGGACCCAACCCCUGUCCGAGAGCUUCUUCUGUCCCCCCUGCUGUCCCAUGAGGAUCCCUCUCUGGACUUGGAGCAGCAGUGGCAUGAUAUUCUCGCCAUCAUGGAGCCAGAAGAUAUGGACCUUGACAGAGAUGUAAUGCAAUCUGGAUCUAUUCAGAGUUCCAGCUUGAUGGACCCCGUUCACCAGGAUGUCAGCCUUCAUCAGGCAAUCCUGCCCGGAAGCAGCCAAGAUAGUUACCCCUUCAAUCCCAGCUUCGGGGGAAGUGUUCCCCUGGAGGCCACACUCCAGCCAUCCCUGCUUAGUCAGUCCUCCAGCGGACCUGACUUUGACCUUAACUUGACCUUUGGCCCAUCUGACCUGACAGAUACCACCCUUCCUUUGGCACUCAAUGGCACAGUUGGCAACCACAUGCCUUCCAUUCAGUCAAGUCUCUUUCUGGAGGAACCAGUCCUGCCUAACCCACUCGGCUCCCUCUUGGAUGAUGCCUUGCUGGAUGAGAUUAGCUUCCUGGACCUGGCUCUGGAGGAAGGCUACAACGCAACACAGGCCUCCCAACUUGAGGAGGAGCUAGACUCUGACUCUGGACUUUCUCUGAACUUCAGCCACAGCCCUGCAUCCCCUAGCGGUUCGGAGGCAUCCUAUUCAUCUUCUUCGUCCUCUUCAUCAUCUGACUCUUCUGUGUUUUCUGACGAAGGGGCUGUGGGCUACAGCUCUGACAUGGAGGAUAUUGUGGAGCGAGAGGAAGGUGCUGUGGGAGGCUACUCCCCAGAAGUCGGCAAGAUGUGCAGCACAAGCUACCAGAAGCCUGGGCGUUUCAACAACCUCCCUUGGCUGGAAAAAGUGGGCCACGACCAUACCUACAACCAGCCUAGGGCCAACUCUCCCACGCAGGGAAAAUCCCUCAAGCUACCAAAGUCGCGUUACAGCAAACCCUAUGAGCAUGACAUUUCCAAUAAGCUUUGGGGCCGUGAUGAGCGCCGGGCUCGCACCAUGAAGAUCCCCUUUUCCAACGAUCUCAUCGUCAACCUGCCCGUGGAGGAGUUCAACGAACUUCUGACCAAGCAUCGUCUCAGUGAGGCCCAGCUCAACCUGAUCCGCGACAUUCGCAGGCGGGGCAAAAACAAGAUGGCCGCUCAGAACUGCCGCCGACGCAAGCUUGAUGUCCUGUUUGGGCUCGAGGAGGGAGUUGAAGGAUUAUGCCGCCACAAGGCCCGCCUGUUGAAGGAAAAGGCAGAGAACCUUCGCUCUGUCCGGGAAAUGAAGCAGCGGCUCAGUAGUCUGUACCAGGAGGUUUUUUCCCGUCUGCGGGAUGAGCAAGGAAGACCCUUGCCUGCCACUGACUACACCCUCCAAUUUGGCAAUGAUGGACAGGUCCUGCUUGCGACACGGAACGUUUCAGCCAGUGAGCAAAACCGCAAGCCCCACAAGGACAGAAAAAAGUGAAAAGAUUAGUCGGGUGUCAGGUUUGGUGUAGGACUCAAGGAGUCGAUUGACAAGGGGAUGGCUGUAGAGAUUCAAGAAUUUCUCACAAUAAGAGGGAACUGAAAAGGAAU